AUGCGGGGAGCAGUGCGGGCUGCAGUGACGGGCGCUGCGCGGGCGGGGGGUGUGGGCCGCGGUGACGGGCGCUGCGCGGGCGGGGGGUGCGGGGGGGUGCGGGCCGCGGUGACGGGCGCUGCGCGGGCGCGGGAUGCGGGGAGCGGUGCGGGCUGCGGUGACGGGCGCUGCGCAGGGCCGGCGGCUGUGGCGGCAGCGGAGCGGCUACUUCCGCGGCGGCGGGAACGCGCUGGAGCUGGGAGCGGUGCUGCUGGCUCUAGCGGCCGUGGCGCUGCACGUGCAGCGCGGGGCGGUGCGGGAUCGCCUCGUGGCCGAGCAGCGCCGGGACCGCGGCAGGUGAGCGGGGCGGGAGGGGGGACGGGACACGACACGGCCCCGUGGCCCGACCGAGGGCCGCGGGGGCUACGGGCUCCACUCCCCUCCCGCAGGUUCGUGAGCUUCUCCCCCGCGGCCGAGCUGGACGCGGCGCUCACGCACGUGCUGGCUGCGUUGCUGGCGCUCGGCGCGGCGCGGCUGUGCGGGCUGCUGCGCCCCGUGCCCCGCGCCCUGCGCCGCGCCUGGCGGGACGGGGCCGCCUCCGCGCUCGCGCUGCUCGUGCUGCCGCUCGGCUCAGCGCUCGCGGGCACCGUGAUGCUGAGCUGGCGCCCAGCCGCCUCCCGCGCCGCGCCCCGCGCCUCCGCCUCCCUGCUGCGGCUCCUGGCCGGCUCCGGGGACCACGCCGCGGUGUGCAGCCUGGACCCGGCGCCGGCCGCGCUGCUCGCGGGCUGCAGCCUCGCCUCGCUCGUCUGCCUGCUGCUCGGCCUCGUGUCCGCGCUGCCCGCCGCCUGCGCCCGGGAGGAGGCCGCGCAGGAGCCGGCGCUGGUGCUGGAGCUGCAGCUGCUGCUGCGGGACUUCCGCAGCCUCUUGGGGAUCCUGCAUCCUGCGCCGCCCCGCCCUGAGCCCGCCUCGCCUGCCCCGGCCCCGAUCUUUUUCCCGGCCCCGCCGCGGGCCCCGGCGUCCCAAUAAACGCGUGCUUUGGCAAGGGCGGUCU